AUGGCUCAAAAGUCACGUACUCGUCCUGGAAAAAAAUUGUUUCGUCUUCACGCCAAGGCUUACAAGGUUCUCGAUCAUAUUGAUGACACUCCUGCAUCAGUUGACACAGAUCCCGAGUACCUCCAAUGGGCUGAAAUCGAUGCACAUGUCCUUCAAUGGAUAUACAACACCUUGUCUGAUGAAUUGAUGGUCCGCAUCUUAGAGACUGAUACCACUGCCCAAGCCGCUUGGAAUAAACUCAAAUCAACUUUUCUCAACAACAAAGGGUCACGUGCAGCAGCCCUUGAACAGGAAUUCACAAGUCUUACCUUGGGAGCAUGUUCGUCUAUGAAAUCUUAUUGCCAAAAACUUAAAGAUCUUGCUGAUCAGCUUGGAGAUGUUGAGAACCCAGUCACUGAGUCUAGACUGGUCUUACAAAUGGUUCGUGGGUUACCACCGGAGUUUGAUGUUGUCGGGGCCUACAUCAAUCAAAGCUCUCCGUCCUUUGAAACAGCUCGCAGCAUGUUACAACUUGAACAACGCAGACAAAAAGCUAGACAAAAUCAAACCCACACGGUUCUCGCUGCUCCUACUUCUGUCGAUAGGACAUCACAAAACGAAGCAGCUGGUCAACGCAAUCAAGGUCAACCCUACAACAACUACUCGGCCAGAGGUAUAGGCACUCGCGGGCUAGGCUUUACUGGUCGAGGACGUGGCAAAAGCUUCAGGGGACGUGGCGGUCGUGGCCACCAAAACUGGAACCAAGGAAAUCAAUGGCAACAACAAGGAUGGAAUGGAUCGCAAUCAUGGUAUCCACCUCCAUCACCAUACCCUUCUCAUGGACGAAUCAAUCCACAAAUCACUGGGCUAAUCACACCUACGGGCCAGUGUCAAUAUUCUGGACCCACAACACAACAUGGGCCAAUUAGACCUCCGAUGUAG